ACGGGGACACCAGUAUGACAAUGGCGCGGUUAUGAUGCAUUUAAAACAGAUACAAGAUAACCGACGAACAAUCAAGCUUUAAUUAGGGUUGACAUUGCCUAUACGGACCGUCAUGUCGACACAAACCCUCACCCAGAGGACAGCCACUAAGGGGAUGUCGUAGUGCCAUGUCGUCAUUAUGGGAUUACAUUGGACAACAUUUCUAUUUCUGGUAACACUUUCUUCCGUGGGUCACGUGAUCGCUCUCUCUGUCGAGCCCGACUGUCUCCCGUACGAGCCCCCGGACUCUGACAGUGUGUUCCUGGACAGUAAUGUAGAACCACCAGGUAUAAACGUGUGUUCAGUGAACUAUACUCGGACCAAGACAGAAGACAGGCCGUGCGCCGGGAUCCCCACCUCUAACUGUCCGGUGGACGUGACAGUGAUUUGUCCAAGCUACAAAUGUUGUAAAGGAUACUCCACAGAGUCGGACGCCGACACAGAAUGUCCCGCAGCGAUUUGUGAUGGUCAGAUCACAAGUACAGGUGCUUGUCAAAAUACAGCGGACGGUGGUCUAUACCAGCUGAUUAAAGGGACGAGGGUAUUCACGAGUAGUGGGCAAUGUAACGAGCCCGAGGUCUGCUCUAGUUGUGGCUCGGGCUUUUAUGCAGAUGGACCCAAAUGCAAAAUCUGUGCAGCCAUUGCAAAUUGCGAGCAUACAGAGUGUUCGAAUGGAACCUACACCCAAUGUGUUCAAUGUGAAGGGACGGUAAUUAACGCAGUGUACGGGCGAGCCUUGACCCCAGCGGCUGACAACGGUCAAUCUUGUCAAGUGACAUGUUCAUGGAGAAGUGACAGCACACGAUGCUACCCCGGGACUUGUCAAGAUGAGCUAGCAACCAACUGUAACUGCUCCACCGGGUUUAGUGGCACGCACUGCGAAAAAAUUACGGAACCAGUUUCUGUGACCUAUAAUGAAGCAGCAUUAGAAUUUGGAAUCAGCACCAGCAAAAAUCCUACCGAUCCUAAUAAUGUCACCCAACCACAGCCAACGAUAUGGGCGAAUGAACUGCAGUUUAACACCCUCAAGACCAGGAUAACAGCUUCCUGGGUUCCAUCGGUAACGCCUCCCGAUAUUAGGAACCAUUACGUCACAGAGUUCCAAGUUGGUCUUGUAGAGGGCUCCGUCGAUUAUGAACUCACACAAGCAUCUGGCCUUUUGGUGACCGGUACCAAGAGUUGUAGCGACCUCACCGUACUGGCCCCUAAGACGUCCGCUUACACCUGUGAAGUGGACUUUACGUUUGCUAGUUUGUUCAGUCACAAUGACACGUUGAAGUGGUCCUACAAAAUGAAAAAUGGUGGAUUUGUCAAAGUUUUGAAUAGAGAAACAUCCACUGAAGAUAUAUUUUACUACGAAGGACAAGAAUCAACGGCCAGUUACAUUUACCAUUUCGACUCGGUAAAACCAACUUCCGGUAGUGAUGAGCCGCUGGUCGCACCCGACCUUACAAACAUGUCCCUGAUUACGAUAACAUGGAACAAUUGGACAGAUGACCUGUCGGGAAUAUCUCAUUUUGAAUAUGAGCUCACAGAUAUCGGAUACGGAACGACAACGCUUGUGAAAAAGGUCUCCAAUAUCACUGCUGAUGUUGAAUCGGAAACAUUUACAGCUCCUGCUGAUGGGCUUUACCAAGUUGUUCUUACAUGCUACGAUCUAGCCGGGAAUUUUAAGUCUGCCCGACAAAUAUUUCUCUAUGACAGUUCCUCUACAAUCGACAUCACCCCAGGUCAUAAGAUUUCUGACUCGUUGUCCUCCACAAACACUACCCACACGUGGGUCGUGACCCCCGCCACUAGUGUGACGAUAGAGUGGGAUGGACACUUUGUGAACACUCGCCAUAAAAACAACCAAUGGCUGACGGGUGUUAAGGCCUAUGGUGGGAUAGACAAGACCUCUAAAUAUGAAGACAAUACAGGAGUUAUUACAAUUAACAGCAUUGAUCAUGAGGACGGUAUCACUGAUUUUAAAGUAAAAUUGGAAGUAAACAAGGACGAAACAACAGUGACGCAACAAAUUGCAGAGUAUUCAGUGUUCAACAUCCACAAACAGUCAGAGACAUUCACAGGAAUCACGUGGGGCGAUGGAGAUCGCAUGAAGAUAACAGUGACUGCUUUUGACAUAAUGGGCAUGACUCGAGAAGACAAUGUUGUACUGUACAAAGAUAUGACACCCCCAAAUAUUACAAAUCUAUGGCUAACCCAAGAUGACGAACUUGGUGUAAAUGUGUUUGGUCUGACAGAUUUUAAUAAAAUGACCAUUGAGUGGUCAGCAGAAGAUCUACAUAGUGGCUUAGAUAGUAUAACGUGGAGAAUAUACGAUGCAGAUGACACCACAUUGCAGCAUGGAAUAGAACAUGUUCCUCCUCAAGGAAAUUCAGAGAAUAUGACAGACUGUAUCGACAAGUAUCAGACAACUGCACGUGGAGCAAAUUGUUAUUGCACUGCAUUUGUCGGUUGCUUCCAUCGCCAUUUUGUUGUCAAACCAACCGUCCCUAGCAACGGUCUUCAGGGUGUCCAUGAUGCAGAUUAUUUCAUAGAAGUGGUGGCUACCAACAAGGCACAGCUCCAAACAGUAGCACAGACAAGAAUCAGUGUUGAUACAACCCCGCCCCAUGCAGGGUUCGUUAUGGAUGGGUCGCUUGGACAAGAUGAGGUCGAUUACCAGCAAGGAAUGACUCUGCAAGCUCAUUGGUCGGGCUUCUUCGACAGAGAAAGUGGCGUUCGCUUCUAUCAAUAUGGUUUUUCCACUGAAUGUUUAACAUCUGAAAACUUUUCUCUCGUUGCAAACAGCAGCACUAUUGUUAGAACAACCACGUCCAAUGAUGCAAGCAUGACAGUGACAUCAGAGGAUACUUAUUACAUCACAGUUGUUGCGUAUAACGCCGCAUUCAUGCCCUCAGACCCAGUUUGCUCUGAUGGAGUGACCAUAGACACAAGUGACUCUCAUAUCAAAGAAUUGUCUCUCAGUAACGCUCGAGUCAGAGGAGGGUUGGUCGUAGCCUCCGGGGAGUACUGGAUGAUCUCUGACGACCGAUCCAGGAAGAGGAUAUACAACACAACAAGCUGCAGUUCCAAAGCCACCGCCAUUACAGGCUUAGAUUUGAUUCCCAUUGAGAGAGACCCCGAUGGUAAUAUUAUGGAGGUUGAUGGAGAUUCGGUUUGUGCGAGUACAGCAGGUGCCCCCGCAGAUCUGACCCCUGUCCUCUCAAGUGCUACAACGUAUCACCUGGAUUGGUUAGAAAAUGCCGGAAAAAGUGGGAUUUAUAACUUCGAAUUCGGAAUAGAUUCUACCCCAAACAGUGCCAGCCCAUCCAUUUUGCCGUUUACAUCAACUGAACACCACCCUAGCUUCAGACUUCCGGCAAAUGUGCUGCCCCUCAAUUCUGAAUUUUAUUUAACCAUCAAAACCAUCACCAAAGCAAACAAAGAAAGCAUUCAGAGUGUGAAAUGUAUCCUGGAUGUCACGGCACCAGUUUUUACUGGCACAGUGACAGUCUCGAUCAGUAGCGACAACAAAUACCUCACGGCGUCAUGGCUGACAGCAAUCACCGAUACAGAAGAUCCGUUUGAAUUAGAUAUAGAAUUUGCAAUAGGAACUGAGGUAUACGGAACACAGAUUCAGAAGUUCAGUCCUCUUCAAACUGGAGGAAGUUGUACGUCACUGAGCCCCGCCCUUUGUACAGGUGUCGCUAUAGACUCAUUGGACUGGGAUCUGCAUGGCUUCCACGUGUAUUACGUCACUGUCAAGGCUACGAACAGGGCAAUGCUGUCUACACAAGCCGUGUCGCCUCCAUAUGAACACGGAAUACAAAAAGUCACUGUUGGAUUAGUGAUCGAAAUACCACCAGCGGAUAAUAGGCCAUACAUUCCAGUACUGGAUAUUGAGGACAUCGAUUUUCAAAGCGAGACAGACAAGAUUUCUGCGCGGUGGAGCGGUUUUUAUCACCCACAUUCAAACGUGACUUUCACGAUGUCGGUUGGCUCCACUAAAGGAGGGACUGAUGUGGUGAAUGCCCAGAAUGUGGGGACUAACACCAAGUACACCCUCACCGGCCUCUCCCUGACCAACUUACAAACGUAUUACGUGAGCAUCACGGCGUCUACGCCCUAUCAAGAUACCACUGUGACGUCAGACGGAGUGACGGUGGUACAGGACAAUACACCGCUCUCUUCUGUCACCAUUAAUGACGGCGUACCAUGCACCAUGAAUGUUGACAACAAUAUGACGGUCUUUACCCAUCAUGACGUGGACAAUCGUAAGAAGUGUGAGGAUGACAUUGACUACCAAUCGUCCGUCACGACGCUGUCGUCUCACUGGGACAUCCCCGCGGGCGAGGACCACUACCUCACCGACGUCUUUAUCAGGGUCGAAGUAAAGAAUGGAGGGUCCUGGUCAGGAGUGACAGAGUGGGUGUACCUGAUGACCCACUACCACCACACCUUCACCGGCCUGAACCUCUCUCCGGGCCACACCUACAGGUCCUCCGUCAAAUUAUGUGCCAGACUCUUCUGUUUUGUCCCUAUUAAUAGCAAUGGUGUAACAGUACUGGCUAAUAACCCUAUUACUGGAGCCCUGACUAUAAACCACCAAGGUUCCGGAACUGAAACGCUGGCCAUAGAGUUUGAUCAGUUUUACGACCCAGAUGUUCUUCUCCCUGGCGAUAAAUAUAAUGUAGUUGAUAAGUAUGAAUAUGCAGUUGCCGACAAUUCAACCAAUGGCAACGUGCACACAAGAUGGGAGACCAUUACUUCUGCUCCUUCUGGACAAAAGAUAUCUUUCACGGUGACUCUGACUGGUACAAUGGAUUUUAGUAAGUGCAGAAACAUUGUCAUCAGAGGCUAUAACAAAGCAGGGCUCCAUAGCACGGUAUCUGCUGGCAUCAAAGACUGUGCUCAGUUCAAUCCCAUUCUGAUUGUCCCCAAUGUCAUCGUAGAUGCCGUGGGUCCCGCUGAUCCAGCGGACGACAAGAAUGGUUUAGGCGUGUCUCUUCCGGAGAAUGCCGUUUGGACUGUGGCUGAUGCCGACUACACGCCAUUUCGGACAGUAUUAUCUGCUGUCUGGCAUUCUGGGAGAUAUUCCUCUUAUAAGUGGGCCGUUAUAGAAGACAGAAGCCCAGAACCAGUCACAUACAACAAACAGACUUCUCCUCUGUCGCUGAGAGACCCUUGCUCCCACGCUGACGUCGUACAUUCCAAAUGUGGAACUACGACAAAUGAAUUUGUAAACGUCAUUUUCAAUGAAAACGAAUAUUUGGUGCAUGGAAAAACCUACACGAUAUGUAUCCAUGCCGACGAGGAGAAUGUGACCAAUGAGCUCUGGACAAACCUUCUACCUGAGCUUAGUGUGUGUACUGACGGGGUGGUCGUGGAUCUCACUAACCCCACAGUGGCAGAUGUCUGGCUUGGAAACGUUAAAAAUACCAAAUACCAGGUUGCUGCGUCUGACUUUUACGUCAACUGGAAAUCGUUUGUUGACAUUGAGGAACUUGGGGUAGGAAAACACCAUACGGGCAUCAGUUACUACGAAGUCAUCAUCGGAUCAACGGAAGGAGGAAAUGACGUCGUGGACAACACAAAUGUAGGGGUGGUUAACCACGCCCACUUUGGAUCCCUUACCUUGCACUCGGGUCACAAAUAUUACGCAACAGUCACAGGAUAUGAUUUUGUUGGAAGAAAAGCCAGUAAAACUUCUGAGUCUGUCAUUGUGGAUUUCACGCCCCCUGUUAUCACUGAUGAGCCAAUCAAACUUAAAAGUGGUCGACACAUUAUAUCAACAACCGAAGUUUCUGUUUGCUGGUCAAAUAUUUUCGAUGACAAGGAAAGUGGACUUGAUUAUUUCUUGUGGUCUGUUGGUUCCAUGCCGGGAUAUAAUGAUAUGAUGGAAUUCAAGAGAGUUAACGAUGUGUGUGCGACGAAUGGUCCUUCAACGUUAACCAUGGAAGAGGGGCAUGCUUAUUACAUCAACGUUAGAGCUUAUAACAAAGCUGGUCUCUCUACUACUGUGACGUCAUGGGCCUUUACUGUGGAGGCCUCGCCUCCAGUUGCUGGUCACGUGUUUGAUGGCGACAAAUCACAAACCUCAGACCAGAUAGAUCUGGAUUUUCAAACACAUUUAGACUAUUUAUCGGCUUACUGGAAGGGGUUCAAUGACCCCCAUUCUACGAUCACUGAAUACUACAUCAGUAUCGGCACGUGCAUCCUCUGUCAGGACGUGCUUCAACAUCAAGCAAUAGGAAUCGUUUACGAAUAUCGACUUACGGGUAUCGGACUAGCCGUCGGAAUGACGUAUUACACGUCAGUUACCGCCUGUAAUACAGCAAACCUGUGCACUACCGUGACCUCUGAUGGCAUCAUCAUUGAUAAUAGUCCGCCAAGUCCAGGGCGGGUGAAGGAUGGACCUGGAACGGAAGACAUUGAGUAUCAGGCUUCAAGAUCUCACAUUUCAGCAUCUUGGAAUGGUUUUUCGGACCCACAGUCAGGAUUGCAAAAAUUCGUCUGGAAAGCAGGAACCAAACCAGGUGGAAAUGAUAUAUUCAAUGUGACGUUCCAGCACCUUCAUUUAAGCCUGUUUGCGAGAAGCUUACCCCUUCCUUCCAAUCUUCUAGUUGGGGUUAGGAUUUAUGUAACCGUUGGCUGCUAUAAUAACGCUGGUCUGUAUGUGGAAUCAUCAUCUAAUGGUUUUAUCGUGGACGAUACUGCUCCUGAGAUCGCCUUAGAGCCUUCUUUUCCCGCCAAUCUGGUGACGUACGACACUGAUACUGACCAGUUUUACCAGGUACAUAGGACAACGCUCAAAGUGGAAUGGCAGGCCAGCGAUCAAGAAUCUUACAUCGAACGCCAGUAUCUCACUAUUAAGUCCCAUAUUGGGGGAGAAUUUAACAGUGCUCCUACACAGAUCAACGGAAUAGUACGAGACUACACGUUCAGCGACUUAGACCUGCAUGAUGGGGUGGAGUACUUCGUGGUACUGAUAGCCUGUAAUGGAGCGGGACUCUGUUCCAACGCCACCUCCAAACCCCUGCUGGUGGACAGCACGCCCCCAAACAGAGGGAUGUUUGCCAUUCAGACAGACCAUGCCGCCAAUCUGUCCCGCCAUGUUGAUGGUCACAUGACCUGGACGUACAAGAAGACGGUGUCGGUACUGUUGGCGUGGAUAGGAUUUGAUGACAGUCACUCAAAUAUCCGCCAUUACAGUGUCAACAUUGGAUCCUCAUUCUUUUCAUCGGAUCUGAAUCAAGACCCUGGAAUACCAUUUGUUAUUCCCCAUAAUAACACCGGUGAAACGAAAGAAAACGAAGGCAUUGUGCAAUCGAGCACUCUUCCUACACAGAGCCUCACAAGGCAUACUUUUAUAUACAUCCACAUGUGGGCAGAAAACAUGGCUGGACUGAAGAGCGCCAUCAUUCAUUCCAAAUUCAAGAAAGAGGCUGGUGGUCCUCUUCACUUAGUUCGGCGUUGUGAUGCCUACACGUGUGAAGGUCACUGUACCUGCGCAGCCCAGGACGAGAGAUGUCCAAUCAAAGCAUCUCUUACAUGCGUCAAUGACACAGACACUGGUUCACACAGUAUUGUCAUGGUUACGGACCACAUCGGGUUCGGAUCCAACGACGUAGAUUACACGCCUUCAGACACUGUACUGCAAGGUUCUUGGACAAUCACGCAGAUUCAGAACUACAAGCCUGUCUGGUACCAGUGGAGUGUCGGGUAUACCAGUGAAGACGCCCCAGAAGGCGUCUUUGAUGCGUCCUCAGAACUCGUUUGGCAUGACGCAGCGUCAAUCACUCAAAUGACCUUCACCACAAAGAAAGGCAAAAAGCUGAAACAAGGAAUGAAAUAUUCAUUCUUUGUACGAGUGUGGUAUUCAACAACUGUGUUUGGCGACUUUAAGUCUGAUGGAGUGAUCGUCACAAGUCAACCUCCGAUUACAAGCGUACUGAACGGGGCAGCGGUUACAGAGGUUAGAAGAUACAGUAAAAUAAAAGACAUGGACUUCAUCAAGUUUGGUUCACAAAUCACAGUCGAUUGGGCCCACAAGUUUGUGAAUGCUUCUAAUGAUGUUUCCAAAAUCGAGUUAUACGUCAGUACCAGGCCUGGAGGUCAUAAUAUUCACUCGGAGGCGACCAGGUUGGGUUCUUCUGACACAAGCUUCAAUAUUCUGACUAUGAAUGGUAGAAGUGGGGUGCGGUACUACAGCAAUGUUAUUGCCUACACCCAUUCUGGUAUACACCGUACGGAGUCCUCUGACGGGUUUGUCCUUGAUUCAGAUCCACCAAUCAAAGGGGUCGUCUACGACGGUCCAGGGUUGAAAGAUUUACAGUUCCAAGAUUCUGAAUCUAUUGUGGCCGCUCACUGGCACGGUUUUAUUGACCUGGUCUCUGGCAUAAGAUGGUACCACUGGUGUGUGGGUUCCACCCCCGCGUUGUCUGGCCCUGCUUGCGAUGUGGUGUCUUGGAGGAAUGUAGGCCUCCAUACCAGAAUGACAUUACAGCUGUCAACCACUCUUCCAAGGUGUGUGUAUAACAAGGUGUAUGCUACCGAUGUAGUAGGAUUUAACUCCCCUGUGGCUGUAUCCAAUGGUUACUGUUCCGACACUACGUCACCAGUUCCUUUGUAUCUGGCAACUCUGGAACACAAUAUUGUUGUAAAUGGCGCCUUCAACACAUAUAAACAUAGUGUCAAAUUUACGGACUUGAACACGACAGACAUUUGUGAUGGGACCAAUAAUAUCGGGGUCCCCGGGUGGUUCCUUCAGCCCGAUGCUUGUGCCGUUAUUGUGGAAUCAAGUUUAUCCCAGACUGAAAACUUUUUCAUCCACGUGCGUGGUGGGGUUCAGCAAGAAGUGUCACUCUCCCCAGGCUUACACAGACUAACUUUUGUUUCUAGUCACGUGCAUAUUAACGCUGCAAGAACUGCAAACCGAGAGGGAUUUGCAUCGCUUGGUGUACAGCGCCACAUUUUCAUAUUAUACACAAAACCAUACCGCCAAGAUGGGCAUAGUUUAGAAUCAGAAAGAAAGAUAUUGUCGUGGCAUAAUCAUACAUUCUACUUCAAUGUCACUAGAGAGGGAAUGUAUGACCUUGUGUUAGGGUCGGUAGGUCAUCAUAGUGGGCUCUAUAUUGAUGACGUCAGGUUACAGUUGGUUAAUACAAGUGACGUAACUGGUUUGGUCAGCAAUGACACAGUUCACGGCCAUACUACGUUUUUGCACGAGUGGUCUUCUGUACAUGCAGGAUGGAGCUUCUAUAAUCCAGGACCAAGUCCAAUUACAAACUAUAUGUGGGCUAUUGGUUUCUCUCACGGUGGAAUUCAGAUUCAAAAUUUUAAAAGCACUGGUUUAGUUCCAUUUGGUUCUAAGAACGAUGUGACAUUGGUACACAAUGCCUCGGUAUAUUAUACAGUCAUAGCGAGUAAUGCAGUCGGGAAAAUGGCCGUAUCGUAUUCGGGGAGAAUUCUUGUUGAUUUGACCCCUCCACUAAUACCAGAAGUCAAUGAUGGACGAGGUCCCGAUGAAGAUUUCAGUGGAAUCAGCACAGUGUUCGUGAACUGGGAGGCUAAUGACCCAGAGUCUGGAAUACGAAUAUGUGAAUGGGCAGUUGGUUAUUCGCCAGAAUCUUCUGACCUGAAGAAGUUUAGCGUUAUGACGACGUACUCCGGAUACAUUGACGUCAAUUUCACGGACACGGAGAACAACACUAUCUACAGCACUGUCCGAUGCACGAAUCACGCAGGGCUUAUCACGUACGCUUACUCCGACGGAAUAAAGAUCUCUCAAAAUGCACCAAACUCAUCCAACGUUCAAAUUAGUCACGUGGCUCUGUCUCAGACCGAAUAUUCUCCAUCCGACGGAUUUCAAGGGGUUUCCGAUUCCCUGCGAUUGUAUUGGUCUGGAUUUGAUGACACUUUUGGAAUAAGCUCCCAUAAAAUGGAGAUCGAUUUUGACAAGUCAGAGGAUGACCUGUUCACAACCAUGACAUUUGCACAGAAUCAGACGGUGCAGUACGUACACCUUAGCAAGCUCGCCAUGAAAGAUGGUGUUCAAAGGGUCAAGGUCAAUACGAAAAAUGCUCUUGGAAUAUCAAGCGAACACGUUUUUUACAAUGUUUCGUUAUACACUUUGCCUCCAGUCCGGAACAAUAGUUUCAAUCCAAAAGUGACUUGGAAUGCGGCGACCCAGAAGUUUAGUGCUUCGUGGCCUGAUGUAUUUUUCUCUCCUCAUCCUCUAAGGUUUGAGGUCUCUGCUGGUUUAGCUGAGGGUGGAGCCGAAAUUUUACAAUGGGCGGAAACGUUGAACACCACACUGGAGUUUGAAAUGCCCAAAAGCAUAACAGACUUUAGAGGAUAUGACGUUUUUGUUUAUAUCCGGGCAAUUACAGUUGGAGGGUUUUACACUGGUGUGAAAGGAAAAGUGAAAUUGCCGUCGUAACGAUUUACUUUAUCAAGGCCAUUCUGUUGGUGCUUCUAUAAAAAUGGCGCUUUAACAUAUAUGAAACUAAGUUACCAAUCUAUUUUCAUUCAUUAUUUUUUUUUACGAAUCGGAAAUACAAGAGUACUUUUCAUCUUGUUCAUUAAUGAAAGAUACAAUGUACAUGUAUAAUGUCGUUAGUAAUGGUUGUGUAGUAUCGAAGACUUGUGUAUCAGCUGUUGUUUCUACCAGUAUUUUGGUACCUGUUGUAAAGGAUGCGAAUUCAUUCCACUUUGGGUUCUGUGAAAUUAUAGUACAGUAUUCUAAACAUAGGACCUUAGUUUCUCUCUGGUGGGUUUCAAAAUAUACUUUUCACCUAAAGGAACAAAUUCUUAGUAAAUAUAUGAGCGCUGAGUCCUUGAAUAUACCCAUCAGAAACUUGUCUUCUGUCCCUGUGUAAAGUAAAAAGUAACUUUGUACGAAUGUUGUACUUUGCACAAAAAAUCGCCUUUAAGUUAAUAUUCGUGCUGUCCAAGUCCAAAGUUGUUUCUACUUUUAACAUUACCUCUAAGGCACAAAUAUUCAAUCACGUGAUUUUUUUAUUUAUUUUUCAUUUAUGCAGAUGCAAGUAUCUCGUAGACUGAGUUUUUGAUGUUCUAUUCUGUCAGUUAUACAGACAAUCCCCUUUGAGUAUCCAUACCAUUUAUAUCCCACAAUGUGCUCAAAAAUUAAAAUCUAUAUGUACAGUUUGUUGAUUUCUUAGUUGCAGAAGUAACACUAUACUAGAAAGGAUAAUGUUGGAAGUAGAGAUUGGUUGGGUUUUUGCUCUUUAAUUUCAAAACGACAUUUCCUCCUAUAUCUACGGUUUUGUGUUUCGUUAAACAUAGAAUUCACUUAAAGGGACUUGGACACGAUUUUAUAUUAAAAUUUUCUUUUUCUUUUUUAUGUAUAAAAUGGUUUAUUUGUUCAUUUUGAAUUAUUGACCAAAAUAUGAAUGUUGGAAGUCAAGUUAUAAGAGAGAUACAGCGGUAAGAAUUCAUUGUUAUGCAUACAAAGCUCGAGUCUUAUAUUUGUUUACAAAUAAAGUAAAGUAUGGAAUUACCAUUUCUUUGACCAAAUUAACAAGUAAAACUGAUUCAAUAUGUUCAUAGAUAAUAUGAUAAACAGAAACAAACAAAAUUUAAUUAAGAAUUUUACCAAUAAAACACAUUUGUUUACAAAACAAAGAUUUUCAAACUCUGUAUUUUGCUUAUAACUCAAUGUUUGACUUUCAAAUUUUGAUGAAGCAUUAAAAGUACCUAUGAUAACCAUUCUAAGCAUUAAAAUUGGAAAAAUAAAAUUUUGAAUUUUGAGCUCAAAUCGUGUACAAGUCCCUUUAAGCCUUAUAUAUCUGUUGUCUGAUUAAUGAUUCAGUUUAUUUCUGUCAUGAUGUAUGUUUACUUUUGGGAAAAACAAUUUCUUAUUUUAAAAAAAUGUACAGUUUUUUGUCAAAAUGACAGCAAUUUAAUAUAUUCAUUUUUUGUGGUUUUUCUUUCUUUCUGGAUUUGCGUAUUUAUUCAGAUUUGAGUAUACACAUACUAUCAAUUGUGUGAAAAUAAAAGAUUUUAAUUUUGUGACUCCCAGUUUUUCGAAAGAAUAAAGACAAUGGGUUUAGGAACAAAUCACUACACGUCUUUCAUCAUGUUUAAUUACCGUUAGUGGUCGCCUUUAAUCAUGUUGUUUCUGUUUGUUUUAUCACAUAAAUCUUUGAAUAAUUUA